GUACCCUUUCACGUAAAAAAGUAGUCCAGAGUUUACUACACCCUCCCUCCCCCCUCCCACCUCGUGCUGUGCUGAGUUUAGAAGUCUUCCUUAUAGAAGUCUUCCGUAUAGAACUCUUCCGGAGGAAGGAGGGAGGACCCCCCCCCUUUGCUCUCCCAGCAUGCAUUGUGUCAACGCCAUUGCACUGAGCUGGUCGAAGAAGUAAGCCGCUAGCUUGCGACUCUACUCUUAUCUUAACUUAGCUCGGCUUCCUGCUGGUACCCUUUGUGCCAUGUCUGAUAACAAGAAGCCAGACAAAGCCCACAGUGGCUCAGGUGGUGACGGUGAUGGGAAUAGGUGCAAUUUAUUGCACCGGUACUCCCUGGAAGAAAUUCUGCCUUAUCUAGGGUGGCUGGUCUUCGCUGUUGUCACAACAAGUUUUCUGGCGCUCCAGAUGUUCAUAGACGCCCUUUAUGAGGAGCAGUAUGAAAGGGAUGUGGCCUGGAUAGCCAGGCAAAGCAAGCGCAUGUCCUCUGUCGAUGAGGAUGAAGACGAUGAGGAUGAUGAGGAUGACUACUACGACGACGAGGACGACGACGACGAUGCCUUCUAUGAUGAUGAGGAUGAUGAGGAAGAAGAAUUGGAGAACCUGAUGGAUGAUGAAUCAGAAGAUGAGGCCGAAGAAGAGAUGAGCGUGGAAAUGGGUGCCGGAGCUGAGGAAAUGGGUGCUGGCGCUAACUGUGCCUGUGUUCCUGGCCAUCAUUUAAGGAAGAAUGAAGUGAAGUGUAGGAUGAUUUAUUUCUUCCACGACCCUAAUUUCCUGGUGUCUAUACCAGUGAACCCUAAGGAACAAAUGGAGUGUAGGUGUGAAAAUGCUGAUGAAGAGGUUGCAAUGGAAGAGGAAGAAGAAGAAGAGGAGGAGGAGGAGGAAGAGGAAAUGGGAAACCCGGAUGGCUUCUCACCUUAGGCAUGCAGUUGCAAAGCCCAGAAGAAAGAAAUGGACAGCGGAAGAAGUGGUUGUUUUUUUUUCCCCUUCAUUAAUUUUCUAGUUUUUAGUAAUCCAGAAAAUUUGAUUUUGUUCUAAAGUUCAUUAUGCAAAGAUGUCACCAACAGACUUCUGACUGCAUGGUGAACUUUCAUAUGAUACAUAGGAUUACACUUGUACCUGUUAAAAAUAAAAGUUUGACUUGCAUACACUA